AUGUUCAGUCGCAACCAUUCCAACCUGGAGGUCAUCCUCUCGGAAACGGAGGAUCGUGAUGCUACCAACAACUCGAAGUCUGGGAGUUCCAAAACGCAGACGAUGAACCUCGCCACCCUCCAGCACCUCCUCGCUCAGGACGACCUGGACGAAGACCAGUUCCUGAACCGCAUAUGGAUCGGACUCCUGGGCGUCGAAGCGCUCAUCGUUUUGGGCGUCGCAUUGCACGGGCUUGUCGGGGCCGCAUCGUCGUCUAGGUUACUUGCUCGUCGGAGGAGAAGCUCUGCAGGUAUCGAAUGGGGGAGUAUGAGCCCGGCAAAGGUUGAAAGGGGGCUUUGGCCGGCGACAUGA